AUGGGCAGGAAGGGGGACGCGAGCGGCGCGUGUGCCGCGGCUGCGCGGCCGGUGACAGGAGUUUGCUAUAAAAUGGAACUUCUGAUUGUAUUCACUGGACUAUGGCUGUUUUCUUCAGUAAAGGCAGAUUCAAAAGCCAUUACAACCUCUCUUACAACAAAAUGGUUUUCCACUCCAUUGUUGUUAGAAGUCAGUGAGUUUUUAGCGGAAGACAGUCAAGAGAAAUUUUGGAAUUUUGUAGAAGCCAGCCAAAAUAUUGGAUCAUCUGAUCAUCACGGUACUGAUUAUUCCUAUUAUCACGCAAUAUUGGAAACUGCAUUUCAGUUUCUGUCACCUCUGCAGCAGAAUUUGUUGAAAUUUUGUCUAUCCCUUCAUUCCUACUCGGCUACAAUUCAAGCCUUCCAGCAGAUAGCAGCUGAUGAGCCUCCACCAGAAGGAUGUAAUUCUUUUUUCUCUGUGCAUGGAAAGAAGACUUGUGAUUUUGACACCCUUGAGACUCUUCUCCUCACAGCGUCUGAAAGGCCCAAACCUUUAUUGUUCAAAGGAGAUCACAGAUACCCAUCAUCUAAUCCUGAAAGCCCAGUGGUCAUUUUCUACUCUGAGAUUGGUUAUGAGGAAUUUUAUAAUUUCCACCGCCAACUUAUAUCAAAAAACAAUGCAGGCAAAAUCAAUUAUGUACUCAGACAUUAUAUACUUAAUCCGAGGAAGGAACCUGUUUACCUCUCUGGCUAUGGUGUGGAGUUGGCAAUUAAGAGCACUGAGUACAAGGCCAAGGAUGAUACUCAGGUGAAAGGAACGGAGGUAAAUGCUACAGUGAUUGGUGAGAAUGAUCCUAUUGAUGAAGUUCAGGGAUUCCUCUUUGGAAAAUUAAGAGACCUGCACCCUGACCUGAAGGGACAGUUGAAGGAACUCAGAAAACAUCUUGUGGAGAGCACCAAUGAAAUGGCUCCUUUAAAAGUUUGGCAAUUGCAAGAUCUCAGUUUCCAGACUGCUUCCCGAAUCUUGGCUGCUCCUGUUGAAUUAGCUUUGGUGGUAAUGAAGGAUCUUAGUCAAAAUUUUCCUACCAAAGCCAGAGCAAUAACAAAAACAGCGGUGAGUUCAGAACUUAGAACCGAAGUGGAAGAGAAUCAGAAGUAUUUCAAGGGAACUUUAGGAUUACAACCUGGAGACUCAGCACUGUUCAUCAAUGGACUUCACAUUGAUUUAGAUACACAGGAUAUAUUCAGUCUGUUUGAUGUGUUGAGGAAUGAAGCUCGGGUAAUGGAAGGUCUGCAUAGAUUGGGAAUAGAAGGUCUUUCUCUGCAUAAUGUUUUGAAACUGAACAUCCAGCCCUCUGAAGCUGACUAUGCUGUAGACAUCAGGAGUCCUGCUAUUUCAUGGAUCAACAACCUGGAGGUUGACAGCAGAUAUAAUUCAUGGCCUUCUAGUCUACAAGAAUUGCUUCGACCCACCUUUCCUGGGGUUAUCCGGCAGAUCAGGAAAAACUUGCAUAACAUGGUUUUCAUAGUUGAUCCUGCUCAUGAGACCACAGCAGAGUUGAUUAACACAGCUGAGAUGUUCCUCAGUAAUCAUAUACCACUAAGAAUUGGUUUAAUCUUUGUGGUUAAUGACUCUGAAGAUGUUGAUGGGAUGCAAGAUGCUGGAGUGGCUAUUCUGAGAGCGUAUAAUUAUGUUGCCCAAGAAGUGGACGAUUAUCAUGCCUUCCAAACUCUGAUACAUAUCUAUAACAAAGUAAGGACUGGAGAAAAAGUAAAAGUUGAACAUGUGGUCAGUGUCCUGGAAAAGAAGUAUCCGUAUGUCGAAGUGAAUAGCAUUUUGGGGAUUGACUCUGCUUAUGAUCAGAAUCGGAAGGAAGCGAGAGGCUACUAUGAGCAGACUGGGGUUGGUCCACUGCCUGUUGUUCUGUUCAACGGAAUGCCCUUUGAAAAGGAACAGCUAGAUCCCGAUGAGUUGGAAACCAUCACAAUGCACAAAAUCCUGGAGACCACAACCUUUUUCCAGAGAGCAGUAUACUUGGGUGAAUUGUCCCAUGAUCAGGAUGUGGUAGAGUAUAUCAUGAAUCAGCCAAAUGUUGUUCCACGAAUCAAUUCGAGGAUUUUGACAUCUGAGCGAGAAUACCUGGAUUUAACAGCAACCAAUAACUUUUUUGUGGAUGACUAUGCCAGAUUUAUGGUCUUGGAUUCCCAAGGCAAAACUGCUGCUAUAGCCAAUAGUAUGAGCUAUCUGACAAAGAAAGGAAUGUCCUCCAAGGAAAUCUAUGAUGAUUCCUUCAUUAGGCCUGUAACUUUUUGGAUUGUUGGAGAUUUUGAUAGCCCUUCUGGAAGACAGUUACUGUAUGAUGCUAUUAAACAUCAGAAAUCCAGUAACAAUGUUAGAAUAAGCAUGAUCAAUAAUCCUAGUGAAGAUAUAAGUUAUAAGAACACUCAGAUCUCCAGAGCCAUCUGGGCAGCUCUCCAAACACAGACGUCCAACUCUGCUAAGAACUUCAUCACAAAAAUGGCCAAGGAGGAGACUGCAGAGGCCUUGGCUGCAGGAGCUGACAUCGGGGGGUUCUCUGUUGGGGGCAUGGAUUUCAGUCUUUUUAAAGAGGUCUUUGAGUCUUCCAAAAUGGAUUUCAUUUUGUCUCAUGCCAUGUACUGCAGGGAUGUUCUGAAGCUGAAGAAGGGACAGAGGGCAGUGAUCAGCAAUGGAAGGAUCAUUGGGCCGCUGGACGACGGUGAACUCUUUAAUCAAGAUGAUUUCCACCUCCUAGAAAAUAUCAUCUUAAAAACUUCAGGACAGAAAAUCAAAUCCCAUAUUCAACAGCUUCGGGUAGAAGAAGAUGUGGCAAGUGACUUGGUCAUGAAGGUGGAUGCCCUCCUGUCGGCUCAACCAAAAGGAGAUGCAAGAAUCGAGUACCAGUUUUUUGAAGACAGACAUAGUGCAAUUAAAAUGAGGCCGAAAGAAGGGGAGACGUACUUUGACGUCGUGGCUGUCAUUGACCCUGUCACCAGAGAAGCACAGAGACUUGCCCCGUUGCUCUUGGUUUUAACCCAGCUGAUCAACAUGAAUCUAAGAGUGUUUAUGAACUGCCAGUCAAAACUUUCUGACAUGCCUUUAAAAAGCUUUUACCGUUAUGUCUUAGAACCAGAGAUUUCUUUCACUCCAGACAAUAGCUUUGCUAAGGGUCCAAUAGCAAAAUUUUUGGAUAUGCCACAGUCUCCUCUGUUCACCCUGAAUUUGAACACACCUGAGAGUUGGAUGGUGGAGUCUGUCAGAACACCAUAUGAUCUUGAUAAUAUUUAUUUAGAAGAGGUGGAUAGUAUAGUGGCCGCUGAGUAUGAACUGGAGUACCUCUUACUAGAAGGUCACUGCUAUGACAUUACCACAGGCCAGCCCCCACGAGGACUGCAGUUUACAUUAGGAACUUCGGCCAACCCAGUCAUUGUGGAUACCAUUGUUAUGGCCAAUCUGGGCUACUUUCAGUUAAAGGCCAACCCAGGAGCUUGGAUUCUCAGAUUAAGGAAGGGUCGUUCUGAAGAUAUUUAUAGAAUAUACAGCCAUGAUGGCACAGAUUCUCCUCCCGAUGCUGAUGAAGUUGUUGUCGUCCUCAACAACUUCAAGAGCAAAAUUAUUAAAGUGAAGGUUCAGAAGAAGGCAGACAUGGUGAACGAAGACCUGCUGAGUGACGGAACUAAUGAAAAUGAAUCUGGAUUUUGGGACUCCUUCAAAUGGGGCUUUACAGGAGGACAGAAGACUGAGGAAGUGAAACAGGAUAAAGAUGACAUAAUUAAUAUUUUCUCCGUGGCAUCCGGCCAUCUCUAUGAAAGAUUUCUUCGUAUAAUGAUGCUGUCAGUACUGAAGAAUACCAGGACUCCUGUGAAAUUCUGGUUCUUGAAGAAUUAUCUGUCCCCCACAUUUAAGGAGUUCAUACCUUAUAUGGCAAAUGAGUACAACUUCCAGUAUGAGCUUGUUCAAUACAAAUGGCCCCGGUGGCUUCAUCAGCAGACUGAGAAACAGCGCAUUAUUUGGGGUUACAAGAUCCUCUUCUUGGACGUGCUGUUCCCACUGGUUGUUGACAAAUUCCUGUUUGUGGAUGCUGAUCAGAUUGUCCGAACAGAUCUGAAAGAGUUAAGAGAUUUCAAUUUGGAUGGCGCUCCUUAUGGCUAUACUCCCUUUUGUGAUAGCCGAAAAGAAAUGGAUGGAUACAGAUUCUGGAAAUCAGGGUACUGGGCCAGUCAUUUGGCUGGGCGAAAGUAUCAUAUCAGUGCACUAUAUGUCGUGGAUCUAAAGAAGUUUAGGAAAAUAGCUGCUGGUGACAGACUCAGGGGACAGUACCAAGGUCUGAGUCAGGAUCCUAACAGCCUUUCAAAUCUUGAUCAAGAUUUGCCCAAUAACAUGAUCCAUCAGGUGCCAAUUAAAUCACUCCCUCAAGAAUGGCUUUGGUGUGAAACGUGGUGUGAUGAUGCCUCUAAGAAAAGGGCUAAAACAAUAGAUUUGUGUAAUAAUCCAAUGACCAAAGAGCCCAAGCUGGAAGCAGCUGUUCGAAUUGUCCCAGAGUGGCAGGACUACGACCAAGAGAUCAAGCAGCUACAGACCCAGUUCCAGAGGGAGAAAGAGACAGGAAUGCUGGACAAGAAGACAACACAGGAGCCACGCUGGGAAGGACCUCAGAAACGAGAAGAAUUAUGA